UUCCAAAACAUUGAUUUCCGGAAAAAAACUGCUUACAUAAAUGAUAAAAUUAUGACAACGUUAAGUUUAUGAACUGUGAAAUGCCGGCACAAAUAUAAUAUAGUGUAAAAUCACAACUUUGUUUCAUCUGCUCAGUGUCUUUUCUGUGAAAGUAUAUAGAGAGUUCGAAGAAAUCCGACAGCGCAGCACAGAUGUUAGUGAUUCUCGGCAGAUGUCCAUAUGUUUGAACGGUAGAAAGCCAUUAACCGGAGAAGUUCUGUGUUCCUCUUAUUUUUCUAGUCCAGAAUCUUAAUCAUUCCCCACGCUCGCGAUGUCCGUCAAUAAAUCCGGAAGUGAUGUAGGAUUAGAUGUUGCAUUCGAAGAAAUGAAAGAGUUGUCGGAUCGUGGUGCAAAAAACAUUAUUGAUGUACGAGAACCAUCGGAACUUGUAGCGGAAGGAGCUAUUCCGAGUGCAAUUAACAUUCCCCUUGCGAAGUUGAAAGAGACACUGCAGCUCACUCCUUCGGAUCUUAAUGCAUUACACGGACUGGCUAUAACCGAUCAUAACAGCGAAAUAAUCCUCACUUGUCGCUCUGGAGCUCGCAGCGCACGUGCUCGUGAAAUGGCCAAGGAAGUUGGAUAUACCAAUAUACGUGUUUACGGUGGCGGAAUACUGGAAUGGAAUGCCAAAAAAUGAUCGUGUUUUGUCCUGGUUUACUGCAUCUUUUGGGAGGCGCAGACUGGAGGUGUGACUGCAGAUGUUGACAUUUGACAGCUUGGAAAACUUUCCUGUAAUUGUGCUCCGAAGGCAGACUUUGUAGUUUGUACGGAUGAAUGAUAGCAACAGUAGACCAAUAACGAAAGAACGGAAAAAUGCAAGUUUUCUUCUACGAUGAAAAUUAAAACCGAGUGGUUUAUGCUUAUUAUGUUUUUGUUUUCCUAUUAAUUUGUCUCUCAGUGUCAGCUGAUUACUGAUACAUCGAUCCACUGCGCUAGUAAAAUUUUUAAAAAGGUUAUGUUGAUGCACCGGUAAAACAAUAUACC